AGGGUGGCAUAUAUGGUCUGAUACCUUGUAAUUUGCGUUCAGACUGCACUUUAGCCUGGAUAGAAAAAUAUUUUCAACCAUUUGAUGGAGAGAAAGAGACAUACAUAUAUAUUGUUACAUUGGAAGAGAACUCUUACCCAAAAUUCUUUACAAUUUUUAUAAUUAACAAAGUAUACUUCGCACGCUUUACGGUUUUCCUGAUUAGUAUCCAAACAUUUUAGGGAUAAAAGGUGUUCCUAAAAAAAUGUAAAAUCACAGCUAUACAAGUUUCUUUUUUCAUUGCAUUUUCUAUGCUUUUUUUCUUAAUUUUCUACAAAACAAAGAAACAACUUAAAAAUGUAAAAUCACAGCUAUACAAGUUUCUUUUUUCAUUGCAUUUUCUAUGCUCUUUUUCUUAAUUUUCUACAGAACAAAGAAACAACUUAAAAAUUAUUUAACUUACUUUCACAUAAUAUGUUUAACAAUUAUGAAACAUUUAAAUACCUUGUAACAAGGAUUGUAUAUUGCUUGGUUACGUUGCAAUGCAUGUUUUUUGACAGGAUCUACUUGUUCCGUGACGUCCAAACUUUUCUGUUUACUCAUUUUGCCUCUGAUGAGAAGAUCAUUACAUAUAUAUAAUUUUUUAUACAAUAUAUUCGAUAUUUAAAGAGAAAAAGAGGAAGAGGGAAAAUUACAAGAAAAUGCAGAAAGUGUACAGAAAGUGCAGAAAGUGCAGCUCUUCCGAUCAUCUGAUUGAAAAUAGAUUUUAGACGCACGUGGUGUUCAGUGAAAUUUUGAAAGAAAAUCCAUGCAUUUUAUCAUUUGAAUAAUAAUAAUAAUAAUAAUAGAAAGAGGGAGAGGAAUUAAAAGCCUUUUCCCAAAAUUGCUCGAAAUGGAAAUUAGCGCGGGUGAUAUGGUGAUGCCGGGUGAUAGUUUGAAGGAUAUGUCAAUCAAAAAGGAAGGCAAGAAUGAGAGAGAGAACGUGAUCCUGGGACCCGGAUUGCGCCGCGAAGGCAAUACCGUUUACGUCUGCAAAGCGGGUAUCCUGAAGAAACGCGAACCGGCCGUCUUCUACGUGGACAGCUAUCAGAAAAGGUAUGUUCCUAGUCGAGGAGAAAAUGUGGUUGGUAUAGUAACACAAAAGAGUGGCGACAUUUACAAGGUGGAUGUGGGUGCCAGCGAACAGGCGACUCUCUCUUAUUUGGCCUUCGAGGGCGCGACGAAGAAGAACCGGCCUGAUCUGCAGGUCGGCGACGUGGUGUACGCCAAGAUGCUGGUUGCCAGCAAGGAUAUGGAGCCUGAAUUGGUAUGUGUGGAUUCUCAGGGCAAGGAGAACGAGCUCGGUGUGCUUAGCUCGGACGGCAUGAUGUUCACUUGCUCGCUGAAUCUUGUGAGGAAAUUGCUCAAUCCGGAGUGCCCAUUGUUCAGGAUGCUUGGUCGAAAUCAGGUGUAUGAAAUUGCUGCAGGGAUGAACGGCAGGAUAUGGAUCAAGGCACGAUCAGUCAAGGAGACCAUAGCUGUGGCGAAUGCCAUUCUGGCCGCAGAGUACACGUUACCUGGUGAAAUGCAAAAACUUUGUGCUAGAAUCGAGAAAACGUUGCUUCUGGUAGCGUAAUUUCAACUCGAGGGAAAUGGACUUUUAAAUAUUAAAAAAUAAAAUGUGAUUAUCUAUAAAAGUGAAAUGAUAUGACUGGACUCAAAAAGAUUUUGGUAUUUUUUUUUUAUAAAAUCAAUAAGAAAUGUAAAAAAUAAUAAGAUAAAAUAGAAUUUAUACGCAUUAGAGCAAGCUUUUAGAUGCAAGUUUUAUAUUAAAAUGUAUGAACUUAUUUUGUAGUCGAUUUUAUUUAAUUAAACGCAGAGAAUAAUAAGACCACUCGUAUUAUCAAUGUCGAUUACAUUUAUU